AUGGGGUUUGAUGUUGCAUGUAAGAAUAAUUGUACUAAAUUACUAAUUGUGAAUUUUCUUUCUUGUACUUGCUAUUGUGGUGUUUCUAAUUUAACUUGUCGAACGAGUCUUCUAAAACAUUGUAUUCAAUAUCUGUCCCCUGAUAAACAUAAUUUCAAUAUGAUAUUUAAGUCUCGAUCUAAAGUAUUAGUUUGGACACAGGAUAAGGGUAAACAAUAUGAUAUUAUUAUCGUGAUUGUUCGUUCUGAUACUGCAAAUGGAAAACGAUGUAGGAAAGAUAAAUUGAUUAUGGGUUGUAAGAGAGGAGUAAAUUAUAAAAGAAAUAAUACAUCUAAAAGCAGUAAGUCCUCAAAGGGAAUUUAUAGUAUGAAAGUGAAAUGCCCUUUUAGGCUGAGAUCUACGUUGAGUGGUAGUGGUUGGAAGAUGAUGGUUAUGUAUGGGUUUCAUAAUAAUAAACUAUCUAAGGAUUUAGAUGGCCAUGACAUAUUGGGUCGUCUAAAAGUUCACGAGAGACAAUUUGUGAAUGAUAUGACGAAGUACAUCAUGGAUCCACAAUACAUAGUUUCUGCCUUAAAAGACAAAGAUUCAGAAAAUCUCACCAGUGUUACCCAAGUGUAUAAAUCUAUAGCUACAUACAAUGCGAGUAAGAGAGGUCCAUUGAUGGAAAUGCAAAUAUUGUUGACUCUUAUUCAUAGAGAAAAAUACAUGUGUUGGGCAAGAAAUAAGGAAGACUCAAACGUUGUUGGUGAUAUCUUCUAG